AUGAAGAUCCUUCACGGACAGAUGAUAGGGACCGGAAUCCAGUGCCAGAAGAUCAAAGAGCAACAACAGUUCUCCGUCCUCGUGUCCGGUGCAAACAACUCGCAGACGGCAGUGCUUUCUUCUCUUUCAAAGGUGAAUUAUGGAGCUUCUAGCUAUGCAUUAAGCAAUAAACUUCAGUAUCCUUCCUUUGUAAGAACACUCCCUAGCAACAAAGACAUGAUAGAAAUGAUUAUUCACAUCAUACGGUGGUUUGGAUGGAACUGGGUUGCCUUUCUUGGUAGCCAAGACAGUUACAGUUCAGAUGGACUAAAGCUGUUUAACAAGUAUAUAAGCAAUACUGGCAUUUGUUUGGCCUAUCAAGAGGGUCUGAGCUUAAAUGCAAACUACAGUCAAACGCUUAAAAAGAUUGAUAUGCUCAACAUCAAUGUCAUUGUUGUUUUCGCUGUACCACAAUAUGCAGUCAACAUAAUCAAAACUGCCAUAGCGGAGAAUAUCCGAGACAAAGUAUGGAUUGCAGGUGAAACUUGGGCUAUGAAUCAACAGCUUCCAAGAGAGCCGGGAAUUGGGAAAAUUGGAACAGUCAUUGGCAUUACGGAGAGAUUGUUGUCAUUACCAGGAUUUGAUCAAUUCAUCUAUAAAGACAGGAGAACAAUUAAUGGAUAUAGCACUGAGAGUAAUGUCCAGAGUAACAAUAAGAUAUGUAAUCAAGUUUGUGAUCACUGCCCACUGCUGACCGCAGAGGAGAUUAUAAACGAAAAUCCCUCAUUCUCCUUCGCCAUUUAUGCUGCCACAUAUACCAUAGCUCAUGCAUUGCAUAAUGUUCUGCAGUGUGACAUGAAUAAAUGCACAAAAAACACAAAGGCCAAGCCGUACAUGGUAGGUGAAUUCAUUUUAAUUAAUGAAUAUAUAUUGUAAUGUUUUAAUUGAUUAAAUAACUAACAACACUGUUUAUAUAUUAAGCAAAUGGCAAAUUAUAUUGAAUUAUCAUUUAUGCUAUAAUGCAAGCAUUAUCCAAUAAAUAAAUUAUAUUUAUUUCAUUCAUGUUAUAGUUUUAUAUUAUUUAUGUAUUUAUUUAUUUUUUAUUUUUUAUUUUUUUGAACAUACUUCACAACAGCUUAUGGGAGAAAUGAAGAAGUUAGAUUUUCCACUCAAUGGCCGCCAAGUGAAAUACGAUGAAAAUUAUGAUCCAACCAUCAGUUAUGCAGUUGUGCACUGGCACACUGAUGUGAAUCCUCCACAGUUUGAGAUGGUGGGCACAUAUGAUACAUAUCCAGAAACUACUUUUACCAUCGAUUACUCUCUCUUGCCCUGGCUUAACAAUGAUUCUGUAAGUUGCAUUAAUUUAUUUUUGGUCAGCUUUAUCUAAACAUUUACCUUUGUAGAUUACAGCUUUUCUCAACCUGUUUGACAUAUUUCUACAAAUUACUAUACUCU